AUGCAUAUCAACGCGAUAAGGAGGGCCAAGGAGAGGAGUCGCUCUGCCUCGUUAGAAGGCCAACUGCUGGACUCUAUAGCGGAGCACAGCAACUCCAACCGUACGAGUGGCAGACAGAGUGAAAAUAACGAAGGGGCUUCUAGCGAGGCGCGGGAGGCAGGGGAAAACGGAGCAGGUACCGGAUUGGAGGAGGAUUGUGAUUUAGGGAAUGAAGGACACGUGGACAUGGCGAGCUACAGUGAUUAUGGCUUAUCGUUUGAUAUGGUGGGGAAGGGCGGGGCGAAUGGUGGGGAGAAGGUGGGAUUUACGGAUAAGUUCAGGCAAGUAGGAAAGCGGAACCAGAUGCAUAUCAACGCGUUUCGGAGGGACAAGGGCAGGGACAGGCACGGCGGUGACUCGAUAGUGGGUGGGUUGGAGGACUCUAUAACGGUGCAAUCCGGUUCCAAGGUUGGUGAAAGGGGCGGGGGCGAGGGCGUAAACCCAAGCUGCGAAAAGCAGAGUUCCAGUGAAGCGGUUCGCAUGGGUAUUGAUGGAGAUGUUGUUAGUGGGAGCAGGGGGGGCAGUGCUAGUACUGGUAGCAAGAGUGACUGUAACGAGCGAGUAGCAGUGGCAGGGGAAAGCACGGUUGGUGACAAGGAUGGGGAACAGCAGGCUGGUGAGGGGGACGCUGGGGGAGGCGCUGGGGGGAGCGCUGAUGGUGGUGGAUCUCAGGGAGGGCAUGCUGAGCCCUUGGCAUCCAUCUCGUUCAGAACAGCAGCGGAUUCUCUCCCCGGCACUGAAGCAUCUGCGUCCCUUGCUUGCACAGACGCGGUCCCGUCCCUCCCCCGCAUGGAAGCAUCUGCGGAAUCGUCUUCUGGGAGCUUGCUGGCGUCAUCGGUUCUCCCCCCGGCCCUGCUGGCAGUGCUGGGCAAUAAGGGAGAAACAAUCUCGGGGAAAUUCACCGCCAGGUCAGCAGCCCCGCCGUCUGUCUGUCCCCUGCCGGCCGACCUCGGCCGCCAGGUGGCGUGCUACGUGGUGGCCUGCCUUCUCGUGUGUCCAUCGAGAGAGAUGCUGAGCUGGCUGCCAGGCUGGCAGAAAUCCGAGCUGGAUACGCUGGGCGGUGGGUGGGAGAGGAUAAGAUCGAGCGGGAGGGCUCGGGGGUUCAUACGAGCAGCGGCCGCAGCUUGGGGAGCAGCAAUUGUGACAGUAACGCGAGUGACUGUAGGGGGGGGAGGGGUACGGGUCACAUCAAGGGACGUCAGUGCUCUUAUCACAGCACUCACCCGUGGAAGGUAG